CUAUUUAAUUUAUUGAAUUUACAUCUAAAUAAUAUUCUAAGAUUUUCAAUUUACUGUAUGAACUCUUGAAAUUAUUAGAAAUAUCUUAUUGAAUCAAAAUGUCCCUUUUCGAUACCAAUUUUGUAAUGGAAUUAUUUUUAGAUGACAAUGUUUCAAAUAUGAACAGGGCAGUUGUUGCAGCAGCUAAUGUAUUUUAUGAAAACUACGAAAAUAUUUCAUACAUUGAGAACAUAUUUAGGAAAGAAUGCAGAAAUAGAAAGAAUGUAUCUUUAAUAUCAAAAAACGUGGUAUUUGAAAAGAGAAAUAUUCGUAACAAGAAACAGACUUAUGAAGACUUCACUAUAAAAUAUAGUGACACUUUUUAUGUUACAAAAUUCAAAAUGCACAAAAAAACAAUGCAGUCGCUGCUAAACUAUUUAAAGGAUUUCUACACAAAUGCUAGUCUGUCCAUAAUUCCACUAAGUAUAAAAGUUCACAUCUUUAUCUAUCAUCUCACAACUGAUACUUCCCUGAGUGAAGUAAGUGAAUAUUUUGGCAUCUCCAAGUCAUCAGUUAGCUAUAUAUUCCAUGAGAUUGCAACAUUAUUAUCAGAACAGAGAUUUAAUUUCAUUAACUGGCCAUCUUUAGAAGAACAACAUAUUACAAGAGUUAAAGUGAACAGCAGAUGUGGAUUUCCUAAUUGUGUUGGCUUCAUAGAUUCAUCUCGCCUAAAAGUAGGUUCGAAACAAAAUCAAGGGAACUCUAAAAUAGUCUUGUUGCAAGCAGUAUGUGAUGAAAACCUAAUGUUUUUCGAUAUCCAUAUAGGCGAAAUAGGUAAUACACAUAAAAAUAAAGUAUUUAAGGACAGUCAAUUGGGACAUGAACUGAAAAACUUUAUAGAGUUUGAUAAUCACAUAUUAGGCAGCACAGAAUAUAAACUAAGAAAAAACUUAAUAACUCCAUUUAUUCCUGAUGAACCAUUGACCAAUGACGAAUUAAGAUUUAAUGAAAUACACAGAAAGGCAAGUACACAUAUAGGACAAGCAUUUGAUUUACUUCGACAGAGAUUUAAAAAGUUAAACAAUAUUACCUUGAACAAACCAGAAGCGGUGAAGAAAUUGAUAACUGCUGCAUGUGUUCUACAUAACUUCAUCCUACUUCAUGAAGGAAGUACAAAUUUGAAAGAAGAAUCUGUAAACAUAGACGAAGGGUUGACUAUUGACAGGAACCUUGUUCAAACAGCUGUUGAAAAACGUUUAUUUCUUUGUAAUUAUAUAAAUUUCAUGGAAGAAUCAAUUUAGUUGGUUUUCAAUUAUUAUAAUAUAUAAUAUUAUAUCUGUACUUAACUAAAUUUUAUUAGUCCGAGAUCUCAAAUCUAAUUUUAUGGUAGGGAUAAUUUUUAUAUAGUAGCCUAGAUUUAUUAUUUAUUUUUUGUCUACUUAUUAUUAUUGUGUAAAAUCAUUCUUACCAAUAAAUAAUUUGUUUAAAUGGUUUUAAAAUUAAAACAACAAUAUUUAAAUGUAGGAAAAGUUACAUUAGUGUGUGGCUGUACCAUUGUGUAGGUAUAAUAUGUACCUAUUAUUCCUAAAAGCCCUACUUGACUGCAUUAAUAAGUUAGGGAUAAAAAACUUGUGAUACUUUUGGAUUGGAAUGGAUUUUUAUGUAAAUAAAUAUGCAAGUAUUGCUUCUUUAAACUGUGCUAUCUAUAUAAAUAAAAUGGUAGGGUUUUCAUUUGUGUGCACAUCAGGGAGAAAGUACGGGUUCAUUUUAUUGUGAUAUCUUUAUUCUAAUAUACAAAGUUCUUGUGU